CGCGAACCGACGGUAGCGCGCUCCGGACGUGCCAGUUACGUAACGUGACAGAGUUACGACUGGACAUCUGUUGAGUACGAGCCUUCGCGGCACGCUUCCACCGCAGAUCACACGCGUGCACACCAUGCACGAACAACUGUUUAGUCCUUGCGUUAAAUUAAAAACGUCACGAACACUUGAGACAUAUUUUAUAGUAUUAUCAUAAUUUAGUCCUCAUCAAAUUUAAAAUACUGAAAAAUUCCGGCCAAUUUUUUUAUAAAUAUUUUGUCUAAUCAUUGUAGUGAUGCUUGUUAAAAAUUUUAGCUUGCAAUGUGAUAAUUAUAGACUUACAGUUGUGAACUUUACAAUGGGAGCAUUACAGGAGCGAGCUUUGGUCAUCAGAUCAUCAUCGCUUUUUGCGCCCGCUUACACUGCCAGGCCUUCAUAGACCGUUAAGUUAGUACAUAAGAGAGCAAAAGACUGUAACAUUAGUUUAAUAAAUAGAUCGUGGUCGGGAAGUCGACGAAUUUUAUCCGGGACGGUGACAGUAUUUCCAAGAUUCGGGAUAACAUUAGCUCGUGGGUGCUGUGGUGGCGUCAACGCCAUCUUCGGAUGGGUGCACCGCAGACACCACGGCCUAUUGAAGAGAAUGACGGGGUGCCUUUACCAAGAGUGGCCGUGGUGGAAGAAUUAAGGGAAAUACAAGAAGACCGCAAACUGGAGCGCAGACGAGGAGGACAGGGCCCGCGGCGUCGCGGGCUCGAGAACGAGCUGGAGGGCGAGCGUCGGCGACCCCGCCGCCGGCCGCGCAAGAAGUGCUUAUCCUGGUCACAGUUCUGUGGCAUCCUAAGAUGGUUGUGUACUUUCGGGCGCACGUCCCUGCCGAAACUGUGCAACCAGGAAGAGGAGCCUGGACGUCCACCCCAGGGCGGGGUGGUGACGUUCGAACCCAUACAACACGACCACGACUUCUGCGAAAGAGUUGUCAUCAACGUAAGCGGCCUGAAGUUUGAGACGCAAUUACGGACACUGAACCAAUUCCCAGAAACCCUGCUGGGGGACCCAACCCGGAGAAUACGCUAUUUCGAUCCCCUGAGGAACGAAUACUUUUUUGACCGCAACCGCCCCUCGUUCGACGCAAUCCUGUACUACUACCAAAGCGGCGGCCGCCUGCGGCGCCCCGUCAACGUCCCACUAGAUGUCUUCUCCGAGGAGAUUAAAUUCUACGAACUCGGAGAACAAGCCACAAACAAGUUCCGUGAGGAUGAGGGCUUCAUCAAGGAGGAGGAGAAACCCCUUCCCUCCAACGAGCGCCAGCGCAAAAUCUGGCUGCUCUUCGAAUACCCCGAGAGCUCUCAGGCCGCACGCGUCGUGGCCAUCAUCUCUGUGUUUGUCAUCCUCCUUUCCAUCGUGAUCUUCUGCCUGGAGACCCUCCCAGAGUUCAAACACUACAAGGUCUUUAACACAACCACCAACGGCACUAAGAUCGAAGAAGAUGAAGUCCCUGACAUCACUGACCCAUUCUUCUUGAUAGAGACACUCUGUAUCAUAUGGUUUACGUUCGAGUUGAUAGUACGGUUUCUGGCGUGUCCCAACAAGUUUAACUUCUUUAGAGAUGUCAUGAACAUAAUAGACAUCAUCGCCAUUAUCCCGUACUUCAUCACCUUAGCGACAGUCGUAGCAGAGGAAGAAGAUACUCUAAACCUACCGCGCGCCCCGGUGUCCCCGCAAGACAAGUCGACUAACCAAGCGAUGAGUCUGGCCAUACUGCGGGUGAUACGUCUGGUGCGGGUGUUCCGUAUCUUCAAACUGUCUCGACACUCCAAAGGAUUACAGAUUCUGGGUCGUACGUUAAAGGCGUCGAUGAGGGAACUGGGCUUAUUAAUAUUCUUCUUGUUCAUUGGUGUCGUGGUCUUUUCCAGUGCCGUAUUUUUUGCUGACAAAGACUGCAAUGACACUAAUUUCGAUAGCAUUCCUGAUGCCUUCUGGUGGGCAGUAAUUACGAUGACCACAGUCGGCUAUGGAGAUAUGAGGCCUGUUGGCGUCUGGGGAAAAAUCGUCGGAUCCCUGUGCGCCAUUGCCGGUGUGCUCACCAUCGCAUUGCCCGUUCCUGUCAUCGUGUCCAACUUCAAUUACUUCUACCACCGUGAGACCGACCAGGAGGAAAUGCAAUCGCAGAACUUCAACCACGUCACCAGCUGCCCGUACCUGCCUGGCACUAUGGGCGAGCCUUACCUCAUUUCAGGUCCUAUUCACAAAAAGUCUUCAAUAAGCGGUGAAUCAUCAUCGGACGUGAUGGAUAUGGAAGAAGGUGCCAUGGUGGCUGAUUCUCACUUGGAGCAGAACCUCAGGCGCCUCAAGGAUGAGGAGAAGGUCCUGCUGGAACAGCAGGCGACGUUUGAGACCGGUGGCAAUGAUGACAUCGGAGCCCUGGAGCAUCAAGAUGCCAUUCGGCUGAAUCACCUGCGGCAGGCUAAGUUGGAGAAGCAGCAGGCGAGGAAGCAGCGCGCGCAGCAGGGACAGUCGCAGUCCCAAGCGCAGGCGCACAGCCACGGCCACUCGGGCCCCGGGCCGCGCCGCGAGCACACCGCGCGCCGCCGCGCCUGCACCGUGCGCGUCAACAACCUCCACGGCGCCGAAGCUAUAGAGACUGACGUCUGACUAUCGGAACCCCGAAAUCAUUCCAGACGUGGCGGGCCGGCGCGACGACGCCGCAGCGGCAGUGUGGCGCGGCAGAAUGCCAGCGCGCUCCCCGCCGCCCUGCCACGUGUGAACAGCGCAUGAGUUCGCCGCUCCUAACCCAAACUACUGUUUUCGUCGAAACAAACACCCUCAACAAAAUUAAACAAUAAUGAAUUGUGAACAAUAACGUACCGGCUUUCAGCAUCUUCAAACCUGGUUAAAUUACUCAGGAAUAAUAAAUUAGGAGGAACUAAUUUUCAAAAAAAUAUCAUAAAAAUACAAUAAAAAAUAUUUUAAAUAUGCUUGACGAUUGAGUCCGAAGCGCCGCGGAUUUUGUAAAUAUACAAGAUGCUUAAAUAAGCUUAUACGUUCACCUCUAACAUUAUCAACACUGUGUAAUAGAUUAAAUUAUUAGGUUCUUUGUGACAAAUAAAAUAAUCAGCAUAGGCCUAUAGUUGCGUUCGCAGAAGACAUUACCAAGUGUUGCGUUACGCUUGACCAUAGUUUGUAAAUAGUUGUUUCGAGAGGAGAGCGCACGGCGCGGCAACCGCCGGCCUCCGGACCGGCUCCCCGGGCGCACUACGGCCGGGCGUGCAGCGAACACGCUCGGCGACACCGGCAAGCGCCGGGGGGUGCGAGGCUGGCCUGCCGGGCGACCGGCCAGGCGCGCCGUCCACACACGCGGUAACCGCGUGAAGCUUUCAGACAAUCGAAACAGCUCAGUGAUCAUAAAAACUACAGCAAUGGGACUCACAAAUCAUCUCCAGAUCAAAUAUAUUAGAAUAAGUUACCGUAUAUUGAAGUUUAUGUUGUGUUAUUGUUGUGCGUACACGUAUUCCUGUACAAGUCACAUGUGACUGUACGAGUAUCCGGAUAUAAAUGUAACCCUACCCUCGGCCCUCGCGGCCAGUCCACGUCGUGCAACAGUCUCGGCUAUUCUAAUUAUUUAAUGUUCUAGGCGUAAUGUGACAGCGUAUUUGGCUAUCGUGUCUAUUCUUAUGGUUUGGAUAAUUUAUUACCUUUAUUUGUAUAGGGGUGGUCGUGCGGAUGCACAGGCCGUGUGCGCCGAUAGUGCUACGUCUCGUUUGCGAGGACAGUUAUAUUUCGGUCGUUUACAAAGUCACGAUGAUUGUAUUAGCGUAGACAGUUUAAACAUAUCUAGAAAGAAGUGAAUUUAUUAAUAUACGUUUGUAAGUAAGGCAUGCGACAGACUCAAUUCGAUCGAUGGAGCAGUGCUCAAAACAACGGACCCCCUCUUCGCGUUUAAUUUUACUUUAAACGGUGGUUUCACAACACCCUGUACUCAGUAUAGCUCCUCUCGGCUACAACUCUUCACCACCACCCUCAGUACUUCUAAUGUCUAUUGUAAACCAGGUGAUUGUCGCAAACCAAAUCUGUAACUUCAAAGAAAUCUCAGCUCUAUGAGCAUUUACUGAAAGUCUUGAUUCCACAUCUACAACUGGAGGAGUACUGGAAAACAUUACAAAUUAUUUUCCAUAUUUCCCGUCUGUCUGUCCAUGGACUUGUUUACUCUUGAGUUGUAAAUGAGACAAUUGAUAUUACUAAGUAUAGAUUACAGCCGAAAUAAUUAUUUCAUCAUAUCAGUCACAUUUCAUAGCGUUUAAACAUCUAGUAAAAAUACAUAUUUUACGCCCUAUAUUAUAGUCUAGUGUAGUUUAGUAGAUAUUGAUAGUAGGUUAAGUGCUGCCCUUAUACUGGGUAUGUAAUGUCUCUGAUCCAAUUGUAGCCAGUGUUUUGCAAUAAGGCCAACGACAGGAUUACUGUUUGAUCCAGGCUGACUGCUGGGCAUCGAGCAAUCCAUGGUUCACUCGGUGUAAGUCUCGCACAUAAAGGACUUUUGCACAAAACGACUUAGCCGGUGGACGAGUGCGACUGCUCGCUGCGCAGCACGCACAGCCCCGACAUGCCGGAGCCUCGAGACCUCGUUAAGCACAUGUCCGAUCAAUGUGGUAAUCUUAAAUUGGCUUCAAACCUGACCAUUUCCCUUCAAUGAACAUUCGAUGUGAUGUAUAAUGUUAGAUUACUCAAUAUCAGUGUUUCGGUGUUAAUUGAUGUUUAAUUAAUAAUAAAAUUUACUAUUUCUGUAAUAUAUUAAAAUAGGAAAUUGUAAUGCGAAGCUCUAACAGUUAUGAGGCUCGCCGGUGCAGGAUCGCGAACGCGAAGAUUGAGCCAUGAAAAGAACCGUUUAGAACUAGGUAAAAUAUUUAUAUUUAUACAGUUGUUGGAUGUGCUAUACUGUAAUUCUUCUUUUGUAUAUAUAUUUACUGCAGAGAACGAGCAAUUGAUAGACAUGGAGAAGCGAAUUGUAGAGCCUCAGUGACUGUUGGAGCACUCGCUAAGAUAAUGACGCAGAGCGCACGCUCAACCUCGGCCAUGACAUACAAGGACAAAUACCGACUCGAACAAUCAUUGUUGUAGUAGGGCAAGCAUGUAUAACUGAAUACAUUAUAAUAUUUUGAGUGUCUUCGUUGUAGUGAAUAUAUCAGUAAUGUCUGUCAAUUAGAUACGAAUUGUUUGGCAAAUUAAUUUAUUAUAAUAGUCUUGAUUGUGCUGUGUAAGUAUUGGCUGGUACAGGAGCGAUUGAUUGGAAAUGUUGGCGCUAAUAAAAGGAGUAACGUUGCAGAGUAAUUACUGCACCCGUCACAGCAACGUGCUAUGUGACGGUGAAUGUAACGUUGUUUCCUUGCAGAAUGUAACGAACAGUUUACCAGAAAGUAUCGCAUGUUCAAAGGAUUCGGUCAUUUAUAGUAGUAGUACAUAUAACAGAUUUACAAUAUGUGAAGACUAUCAUGUAGGUAGCCACUUCAUUGGUCAAUGUAUUCGAUUUAUGUUAAAUGUUUGGAAUUAGUGGACAAUAUACAUAUACUACAUGUUGCGACAUAUACGUAAACGCCGAGGCUGUUGCGACGAACUUAUUGAAUGUCAAUGUCAAUCAAUGUUAAUGUAUCAAGUUUAUAGUGUAGAAAGCACAUUAUGUUAUAUUUAAUAUAGUUUAUGUAAAUGGAUAGCACACGGGUCCUGUUUUUUGAUCUUUAUUGUGAAGGAAGCUGCAACGCGGCAAUGUCAAAUCAACUCCGCCACAGAUAUACUGAACACCCAGGUUUUACCCGCUCACUCUUUUUUACUCCUUGAGCCAACCACCAAUUUUUAAUCAAUUCUUGUCUGUGAAAAGAACAUACACACGUAAAGAACAAUAUUAUUUAUGUCAGCAAUCGUCCGGCCUAUUUCAAAGUAAGAAUACCUAAUAUAAUAAACAACUUGGGCCACUCGAAUCUCAACUCUAAAUGACUUAAAAUAGAAUCUGAAAUGGAACCCUUACAAUAUUGAAAUCUAAAUCCCUACAGUUGGAAGUUAAAUAAAAAAGAGAAAACAUAUCAUAUUCCACUUGUAGCCUGGUCUCCUCGAGCAUGGUGUGGCAACCAUUUGAUCCUUAGGGCCCAUUGUGCCAAAACUGUAGGUUUAAUUGAUUCAAGAUUCUGAAUACAAUGAUCGUUGUUCCAAAAAUUAAAUAUAGCCAAAGAAGGGCUUUUUAUUGGAGUAACUACUCGAUGCCGAAUGAUCACAUUUGUUUUAUUCCCUUAUACUGGGUGUUUGUAUAUUUGUUGUGUUGCAGUUACGGAGUGAUGUGAAGAUGUGACUAAAUCUCAUUUACAUUAUGUGUAUCUGUUUAUUCAUAGCAAAUGUUUAACUAGUAAUUUCCCGCAUUUACAAAUCUAUCUCAAACUACAAUUAUGAGGUUAUUACGAGAUCUGAAACGGUCUUCAGCUUAGACUCCUUGCGCUUCAAAACGUACAUCUGUGUAGAUUAGAAAUAUGGUGUAAAUGAGUCUUGGUCGAUUGUAAUCUAUAUACUUUUAACAGAUUUAUUAUUGAUCAUUUGUGAAAGCGCUUCUAUCGGUCGAUAGUCGCAGUUGUUCAACUAGUCCCCGCAAUCUCUAUUCUUGUCUGCAGUUUCAAUAAUGCUGCGUUGUUGCGCACAGAUGUCACAAGUGGUAUGUCACUUUAAGAAAUGGUGGCGACAUUUCAGGCCCGCCUGUUCCUUGCGCAGGCGCACAGCGCAUACUGCGCUACGCCACCAGCUCGCGCAAGCGCCGGGCGCACAGGCUGCGGCCUCAGUGUCGGCGGGCCUCGAGCUGGAAGGUCCGCGGGUGAAGGAUCCUGUAAGACCUGUGUGGUCGACUCUCAUAAACAAGAAACAGAAUAGUGGUAAAUUGUGAAUUACUCAAGUUGGCCAAAAUUGUAGUUACGCCAGUUAAAAUAGGCGUAUUAUAAUUUUCGCUCAGUAUUAUUAGUUGAUAUUUCGUACGUAGUGUAUGUAUACAGAGGCGGCUAACACGGGCCCGGUGCAAGCAGAAAGAUUAAAUUCUCAACCAUCACACUUCAUAUUAUAACAUUCCCCAAAAAGAAAUAAUAUUUUGUUGAAGAGACGAAAAUACGAAAUUAUCGUAGAUAGUAAAACCACAUAGAUUUCACAGGAGAAAUCACGAUUUUCUAUUUACUUGAGUACUACUUAAAUAUCAAUCUUGUAGUUAGGAAGGAGUUGGAAAAAAUUUAAAUUUUUUAAGAAGUCUGAAAUGUCCGUUAUGACAGACUAUAUGUAAUAUGGUCUUUAGGAAACAACUAUAAUCAGUAAUUUUAUGAGUAAAUUAAAUUGAAUUUAAUUUAGGAUUUAUAGUUAGGUGAUAUCUGCAAACUUUUAGCAGUGUGUGGUAUCUAUCUGUUUUGUUUUAAGGAUGAUUGAUAUGUUUUGCUUGAUUAUUCGGCUGAGGGACGACUGUGGCCGUGGUGUUUGCAUGAAUUCCGAAACGUACGAUGGGACCUCGCUACAUGUUUUGCGGGUUAUUAUAAAAAUGUGCCAGUUUUACUUCUUUAUAGAUGCCUUUACGCGUGUUAUUGCGCUUGUUCCAGUACAUAGCGAUCGCAGUGCUGAACUUAAUAUUAAUGUAACGUGUCAUGGCUUGUCACGCUGCUCACGCCGUGUUUUAUUGUUUUCACUGACACCUACGAGGAGUGUGACAGUCAGCAGUCGUACCUAUACACUAUUAACUUGUAGUUAUAAUUUUCUUUAUUCACCGGCCCCCUCUCCGUCCAGGUCAAAGCGUGUUCAUAUUGGAUAUAAAAUCACAAAUUGGAUAUCGUAUUUAUACUAGCAUCGAUUAAUAUUUUACAUUAUUUAUUUAUAAUUCACUAAUGAUUGGCUAUUUUUACCAAAAUUGUUCUACAAAGCAUUUAUUACGUUAAGUGUACAAAGUAUGCGGUAAAGAGGACAUCACCCAAAUUGGGCUUAAUUCAAAAAUGUCGGCCAAUAGAAUUAACUAUAUUUUUUAUGGAACUCACAUAGUUAAUCUAAAUUAAUACUAAAUUAAUCAUAUAGUCAUUCUUACGAUUUCGCUAAAAUAUUAUUCUGUACGCCUACAAUAAAACCAACAACAGGCAGUACCUUGCGUGUUCUACAAACCAAUAUGCAAUUUGAUGCUAACAUACGCAUUACUGAUUGAAAACUGACAUUGAUUCUUAUGACAUAACAUUACAGGGAUGUUUAAACGAAAAAUGAUCUUUAAGGAAUUAUUUGUAUCUGAACAAUGAGUCAAUUUGCCAAGACAUUAAUCUUGAUGAUUGCGACUCUACUGCAUUUAUUAUCAAUAUUUUAAACUGUAUUUAAAUUAAAAUAAAAUGAGUUUGUGAAGACUGAGUGAUGUCCUUUUUUCACGUGUUUUUCUAAUAACUAAAAAUGAAAUAUUGGUCAAAUUAAUUUGUCGCCUAUAUCUUAACUAUAAAACUGAUUAAGCCAGCUACGAGCUUAACUUAUUUUUUGAAUUUUAAUGAUAUGUAAAAGUACUUGUAUUUUUCAUCACGUAAUGUAAGUUAAAUUCGAGCGAAUUCUCUAGAUACAUAAUUACAAUUAUCCUCUUACAUAACAUUAAGGAUAUAAUAUUAAGAGCUUUUUCGACUAGUAUACUUACAAAAAAAAUGAUGAGAUCUUAUGAAAUUAUCAGAAUUUUUCGCGAUAACUUAUUAUAUUUAAUAUCCAUCCAGUAUUAUUAGAUAAAUAGGUGUAAUGGUGGAAAUAUACCAUUUUCUAGCUCCUAUAGUUAAUGUAAAAUAGGUUCAAUAAUCGGGCAACAGAUAAAUAUUCUUAAUUAAGAACAAAUUUUCCGAUUUUAAUAUUUUUUUAAUUUGUCACGGUCCCAUCGCUCGUGAAACAAGCGUACCUGUACUUAGGGCGUCGGUCGGUCGCAUUGAGCUGUUGAUGUUGUUUCGGUUACUACAUGACAUACCUGCUAUGUACCUGUGUACCCACCAACAUGAUAUUCUAAAUUGUAAAUGUAUAAUUGAAACAACGUCUGUUUGAUUGAACUUUGCAUUGCCCCCUUGCCAUGAUGGUUUAGAGUUUAAUAUCAGAAUAAUUCAAAGUGUUUGUGGUAAUCUUGUAAACUAUGUGUGAUUAUAAUAUGUGUUACGAGUUUAUCGGAGUUGAUAAAUAUUCAUAAUUCGGAAUCUAUUCCCUCGUAUACACUGAACAAUUUGCAAGCCUGACAUUUAUCGACUUCGGUAGAGAGCAAGAGAGUACGGAUCGUCUUGGCUUGAAUAUAUAAUACCUAUAUUAAAAUUUAUAUCCUCUAUUGGGAUAAGAACUUCAAAUAUUAAAUCAAUGGUGCAAUGUCAAAUGUUGAUAAUAGGGUCGACACCAUCGGCAGAGAGUCCGCUGAAGUUCGCCAUUUUAAGGAACUUGUAUUUAAAUGAAAAAUAUAUAAUUAUUCGUGAUUUUGCGUUCAUGAGUCUGUUUCGGAGUUCAUCAAAUCGUACGUGCGAAUAUAUUAUUUGGUAAUUGUAACGAGCGAUUCCAUUCACAGUCCUGUAUAGUAGGAGUUAUUUGUUUUAAAAGACAUUUCUUUGUUUUCAUUAUAAGUACUUAGUUUGUGGAACUUAACUUAAGAUCAAUCGGACGAUAUCGUGGAACUACAGCGCAGAUGGUUUUUAUGUACCUACAAGUUGUAAUAACAAAGGAUGUUAUGUUUCAAAUGAUUGUAAUAAAAGUUAAAAUCUUGUUUGACACGCGUGACGUAUUAACUAACGAUUAUUAAAGAAGGCUAUAACUAUUCUAAAUCAACCAAUGAAAGCGUCUCAAAAAGAUAAUUUUCAAUGACAUCAGCUUAAAAAUUGCAUACUAAUAAGAUACUGAAAGAAUUAAAUGUGACGCUCUUUGAUUGCUAGUACACACGAGUGUAGUCCACGAUACGUCUGCGAAACGUCACAAUGACGUCAUCCACAAACUAUCCACACAUUGAUCAUAUAAUAUAAUAUUUUGUUCAGUUAUUCUAGAUCACACUCGCCACACGGUGUAUAUAUUUCGAGUCACUAAGGCCAGUGAUCAAUUAUAAUUUAAUUGUAAUGUGGUGGUUGUUUACAGCAUCUGUCAUGCGAAGCGAAGGCUCAUUGGUAUAGUAUUUACGAAUAAAUUGUAACUUAACGCUUAAAACGCCGUCUUUUUGUCGAUGGCUGAAUAUACACUUAAUUAAAAAAACAGAGCUGUUAUUGAAUGAUGCGUAAAUCGUAAAAAAAAACUUUCUGAAAACUUUGUGAGUGAUGUGGACUGUAGGAUUUAUUGGUAGUUCGGAGACUGUUCGGUUAUUAUAAUUGUAAUGUUUUCAAUAUCAAAAGGUGAUGUUCUGGUUUCAAAAAAUGUGUGUGGUUUUCUCCUGGGGUCUUGUAUGUGUAUUGUAUUGCAAGAUGGUCUUGCAAACAAAUGUAGAAUGAAACAAACCAGUUACGUAUGCAUUGGUCGAGAAACCGUCUCCGAACCGGCAAUAAAACCUACGAGUCCAGUAACUUGAACACGCAACUAUAUUGCUAACGAUCCUGUUUCCAUAAAUUCCAUGGUACCUACUUAUAUCUGGAGCUUUUUUCCAAUUUUUGUACUUAAGUUGUACUCGACAGUACUAUGCUGUACUGUAAGAAUGAUUUUUUUCGUAUAAGUUGUGAAUCCAAAUUGUAUAAAUGACUAAAUAAAAAGAA